AAGACACUGCUGUCCAUCGGGGGGUGGAACUUCGGCACAUCAAGGUUCACCACGAUGCUGUCCACAUUCGCCAACCGGCAGAAGUUUGUCACUUCAGUGAUAGCCCUCCUGAGGACACAUGGCUUUGAUGGUCUGGACCUCUUCUUCUUGUACCCUGGACUCAGAGGCAGCCCCAGGCAUGACCGCUGGACCUUUGUCUUCUUACUUGAAGAGCUCCUGCUUGCUUUCAGGAAGGAGGCGCAGCUCACCAUGCGUCCAAGGCUGCUGCUCUCUGCUGCUGUCUCUGGGGAUCCCCGUGUCAUCCAAAAAGCGUAUGAUGUGCACCUCCUGGGGAGACUACUGGAUUUCAUCAGCGUCUUGUCUUAUGACUUACAUGGAAGCUGGGAAAAGUUCACAGGACACAAUAGCCCGCUGUUCUCUGUGCCCAAGGACCCCAAAUCUUCGGCAUAUGCCAUGAACUACUGGCGAAAGCUUGGGGCAGCACCUGAGAAGCUCCUUAUGGGGCUCCCCACCUAUGGACGUACUUUUCGCCUCCUCAAAGCCUCUGAGAAUGAGUUGUGGGCAGAAGCUGUGGGACCGGCACCUCCAGGGAAGUACACCAAGCAAGCUGGCUUCUUGGCUUAUUAUGAGGUGACAGGAAUGGGGAGCUCUGUCUACUAGUUAGGGCUCUCACACCCCAGCCCAGGGCAAGAGCAAGGACAGGGAGAAAGGCAAGAGUGAGGGCUGGAGACAGGACAAGGAGGUGGUUUCCUGGGGCAAGGGAAACCCACUCUCUGGGAUAUUCUCUGUUUCUUCUGGGGAAGUUAUUUGAGUCCUUUGUUAGGGGUGAGGGACUAGGUGGAGUCUGAAUGGAGCAGGACAGAUAAUUUUACCCCUUAGAAGAAUCUUAAAAGAUAUUUAAGUCAAUCCUGACUUAAUAUAUGGCCUAAACAUAAUUAAUAUUUGCUAUAUAUAUAUAUAUAUAUAUAU